AUGGACAACCCAACAACAAGAGGUGAUGAUGGCGGAGAUUAUGGUGGCGAUGAUGACAGCGAUGAAGAAGUCACUUGCGAACGACUACGGUUAGCGGCAGGUUGCGACAUCGGUGUUGGAGGGUCCCACGAGAGAACUGGUGCAGCAGAGAGCUUAGAGUCAGUGUCUAUUACUAUGGAAUCCAAGGAGGAGGUGAUGGCAAAUGGAAAAACAUGUAGCAUCCCGUCCAACAUCGGCAAUCUUGGCAGAUUAACUAUACUUUCUCUGCAUUUCAACAAUCUCAACGGCACAAUCCCAUUAGAGAUUGGGAAUCUUGUCAAUAUGCAAUUUCUAAAGCGGGACGCCAACCAUCUUUCUGGGAUCAUUCCUAAAAGCUUGGGCCGCUUGAAAAAUCUAGAUACGCUUACUCUUGGUGGUAAUCAGCUAGAAGCAAUACAUACUGCUUAG